AGUAUGUCACAAAUUAUUAAUACUACAAUUACAAAUUCGGUAACAGUCUUUGACACAUUCGAGUUGGUUGAGUUUCUUGGCCAUGUGUGGUUGAAUUGUUAGCUAUAUAAUCCUCGCUAGACGAAAUUUAAUAAAAUCCAUUCAUAUAAUGAAUAUUCCCAAUACAAUUCACAUUUAACGUAAUGUUAAUCGACCCUAACAGUUACCAUAACGACGAGAAAUGUAAUGUCUUAAUACUUAACCUCUAUUCAAAAUUAUAAAAAUUUUAUUGUUGAAAAUGAAUAAUUAUAAAAUAUUAGGAAGGGCCGGUGAAGGCGCAUACGGUUUCGUAUUUAAAGGUGUUGAUUUGAGGACAGCAAAUUUAGCGGCACUCAAAAAAAUAAAUGUAAAUCAAGUUGGUUGUCCCAAGUCCGUUAUAAGAGAAAUAUUAGCGUUACGUUUUUUGAGACAUAAAAAUAUUGUGAAGUUACUAGAUUUCAUCUCGUUGAAAACUUGUAUGGUUUUAGUAAUGGAAUAUUUACCGACGACAUUAUACGACAUCUUAAGUAAAAAUGAUUUAGUAUUAUCAUUAGGACAAGUGAAAGCUUACACCAGAAUGCUGUUGAAAGGAGUAAAUUAUAUGCACCAAAAUCAUAUAAUGCAUCGAGAUUUAAAACCAGCUAAUUUAUUAUUAAGCAAAAACGGCAUAUUAAAAAUAGGCGAUUUUGGAUUGGCGAGAAUAUAUGAUCACGAAAAACGACGAUUAUAUUCACACCAAGUUGCGACGAGGUGGUACAGAUCACCGGAGUUGUUAUAUGGAUCAAGAACUUACAAUUUGUCAGUGGAUAUGUGGUCUGUUGGAUGUAUAAUAGCGGAAAUGGUCGAAGGGAAACCGCUUUUUCCGGGAGAAACAGACAUAGAACAAUUAGCUAUGGUAUUAGGAACUCUAGGAACUCCAAACAAUAAAACAUGGCCGGGCUUGACGCAGUUGCCAGAUUACAAUAAAAUAUCAUUUACUUAUGCAAAACCUCAACCAUGGACGUCGGUAUUACCAGAAGCAGAUUCGGGGACAAUAGAUUUAAUAAGUAAAAUUUUAAUAUACGAUCAGAACAAAAGAUUGACGGCAAAAGAGGCGCUGAAUGACAGAUACUUCAAACAGUAUCCGUUACCUUGUAAACUAUCCCAAAUGCCGAAAAUAGAUGAAAUCGAAACAAAUGAAUCGCCCUGUGAUUUUUCGGAAUUUGAUAUUUACGAAACGUCGAACGAAGACAGUUUAUAAACUGGAGGCGGUGAUUCAUCUAAAGCAAAAAAUAAUCUUUCAAACUUACGGUUUUAAAAUGGAUUUUGUAUAAAAUUUUUCAAGUUUAAUAUAGUUUACGCCAAACAUAAAUAAAAAAAACUUUAAAUACUACGGGAAUCCAAUAACAGCAUUGCCGUGAUCGGAGCUUUCGUAGUACACUUUUCUUAAGCGAGGCGUUAACAAAUCUACGCCGUCUGUGAUAUCGACGUGGCGUGUUCUGUUCGUUUGCAAUGAUUGUUUGUUAACGCUAAUUUGUUCUUUUUUCGUUUUCAUGAUGUUCUGUACGAUCCAGUAUUAUAGAUUUAGUUUGAUAGUUUUUAUGAGGAGAAUAUUUCAAUUAAAGGAGACAUAAAAUUAAGGCAAAUCAUUUUGUGUGCGCUUGCCUAAUCUCUAGGAGCAGCGUAGCUCCGCUAGAGACGACUAGACAUUCGAGAACUGUUCGUUUCGUUGUCCGAGGAAUAACGACUCAACUCCAUACAAAACGUCUCGCCUGGGUCCGUAUAAGUAAGAAAUAUGAUUGAAAUGUGAUUUUUAUGUUCUAACCUAAUCAAACUUAGACCGACACAAAUUACAAACGAACUGGAAUACAUGAAGUAAAAUAAAAGUCAAGAUGACAACACUUCAAAAUGUCAUUGGCAGGACCUUUCGUAAUAACAAAAAAAACAGUUUCAGCAGACAGUUGCUACAAAAAUAAUUGUAGAGUCAGGAUUCUUUAACAAGGGCACUUCCAAUGCGGAUUCAAUGCUAAAUUAUUAUAAUUAGAAGUAGUGUUUCUGGAGAAGAAAUUCAUCGUUUUAUUUGGAUCCUUAUUAAAUCAAAAGACGGCUUGAUUAAACUUAACCUCAAAAAACUAGUACAAAGACACAUGUCUCCACUGUACGCAAAGUCAAAAUGGGCCGAUUUUAUGUGGUAGUGCCACUUUGCACUUCAUUCGAGAAUUACAUUAGGAAUGUACCUCGAGUGAAAAAAGAAUAGGGUAUAGCACCCUUAGCGAAUUCUACUAGCCGCGAAUGAUAGAAUUAAUGUAAGAAUUUAUUUCAGAAUUGUAUUUAGAAUAUAUGUCAAAAUUAAUGUCAGAAUGGAUGUCGAAACUGAUGUCAGAAUAUAUGUCAAAAUUAAUGUCAGAAAUGAUGUCAUUAUUAAUAUCUGAGUGGAUGUCAGAAUAGAUGUCAAAACCGAUGUCAGAAUUUUUUUCAGAAUUGUAUUUAGAAUUAAUGUCAGAAUAUAUGUCAAAGUUGAUGUCAGAAUAUAUGUCAAAAUUAAUAUCAGAGUUGCUGUCAAAAUUAAUGUCAGAAAUGAUGUCAUUAUUAAUAUUAGAAUGGAUGUGAGAAUGAUGGCAAAACUGACGUCAGAAUUGUAUUUAGAAUAUAUGUCAAAAUUAAUGUCAGAAUGUAUGUCAAAACUGAUAUAAGAAUUUAUUUCAGAAUUGAUGUCAUAAUUGAUUUUAGAGUUGAUGUAAAAAUUAAUGUCAGAAUUUGCUCAAAGAAAGAGGGGCAUCCUGAAAUUUUUUGUAAUUUUAAAUGCAAAAAUCGAAGGUUUGCGUCAGUUUUGUUUUCAUUUCAUGGAAACUCGUUUAUACGUAUGUGCCUUCACUGACAAUGGACUGGUAACAGUGCUUCGAAGUUUAGCAAUCUGAAUCUCAAUACUUGAAAAGUACUUGGCAAAAAUACGGUACACACAACACAUUACUAUUGGUCGGUUGCAAUCAGUUAGCCAAACAGGAGCGCUGCCAAUUUUAACAAUCAAUUCAACAGAAAAUCUCCGUUCGUUUCGAACCGAUUGGGCGAGAAUCUUUCUUAUGUAAAAAGACAGCACAAGAGGGGACGGCUUGACUUGUUGUCAAAUAGGUUAUUUUAACUCUUAUACUUUUGUUAUGGAUUCAAGUUUAGUGAUAACUUUUUAGGGCCUAAUCUGGAAACUAUUUUUUCGGAAUAUGUUUGGUAAUGAGAUCAAUCUACAAAAAUAUAUUUUUUGGUCAAUGCAAGGAUGUGCCAACUCAAUACAGAAGGGGACACUAAACAGAUAAAUUUUAAUGAUUCAUAUUGAAGAUCCACGCUUUUAGAACAAUAUUUUCUUUUAUUCUUAUACUUUUUUGGCCAGUUAAUCUAAUUAACUAUUAGAUCAUGUUUUUUUACUAUAAUUUAAACUUGUUGAAUAGAAACUUCUUAUAAAUAAAAGUUAACUGUUAA